AGAGAGAGAGAGAGAGAGAGAGAGAGAGAGAGAGAGAGAGAGAUACUGAAAAGAGAUACAGAGCGUGCACGAGGCAGGAGGUGCUCCCUCUAAUCCCAGUUGAGACGCCAGACAGCACUGCACCGGCUGCUACAAUAGACUUAAUGGAGGCUCAGGCAGACUCGAGCGUUGCAGAGCCACUAAAAGAGUUUCAGAAGCUUCUAAAGUCCUCCAGCUCUGCCAGUCUCACCAGUGAGGCGUCCCACAAUGCUUCAGGAGAGCAACAUUUUGGUACUCCAGCACAUCACGGCAGUCAAGUGCUGAUCACAGAGAAACGACAGCCUCUGAGCAGCGUGUCCUCACUGGAGGUUCACUUUGAUCUCCUGGACCUGACGGAGCUCACAGACAUGUCUGAUCAAGAACUGGGAGAAGUGUUUGCUGACUCUGAUGAGGAGAAUCACACAGAAUCUCCAGCGAAUCGCCAGCAGCCCCCAUUGCCCCGAUUUCCACACAGCGGGUACGUCCGCUCGCCUUCCUGGACUCGUGGCGGAAAGGGGGAACAGCAGCCAAGAGACCGAAAACACCACAGCGACUCGGAAAACACAGAGCCUGUGCUGAAGAUAGAGCGCUCUCAAUCCCAGCAGCCUUGAGACAGCCCAGCCGCUUCAGGGGCUCAGGGAGAAAACAAAGCCCUUACAUGGGGAACAGAGGUUCCUCCUCAAGCAAAGAAAUGAGGAACCACUGGGGUCAAAAGACACUGUGAUCCCACCUAAAGAUAAAGAAAUCCCUUUGCCCGUUUUGAAGGGUAAGGAGACAGCUCCAAUGCUGGGGUAAGUGUAGACUUUUCCCCAAGACCGGGUUCUUGGGAGACCUCCCUGUGACUUGGUCACAUCUAACUACUGACUUGUGUGACUACUGCAUAUGGAGACCUUGAAGCAUGAUGUAGCAUUAUGUGACUAAAGUAAUCGAAGAGAAAUGUGAAUCUGAAAAGCAACUGAGGACUUUCACAUGGACCCGCAUGGAUCAAGAACAGUGCAAUGUGUCAAAGCAGAACGCUUCAGUUGGGAUAGGACACAUUGAGAGAGGCUACAGCAUGGUUCAAGACAUGCUUGUUGCAGUGGUUUGACAAAGAGGCUACAAGAAUGACCAACAAAAGUGUCCUUUCAGAGAUUCUGCAUGAAAAUUGGAUGACAAAGUUCAUGUCUUAAGCCAGGAACGUACUCUACACAUCUACAUGAAUGCAAACGUGUCCAUUUCACGGCAUUCAAAAAUCAGUCCAUAAUGUAGCACAACUAUUGGCUGCAUUCUCAGCAUUACCACUUGGGGAGCUAUAUUGGGCAUAAAAUCAUCUAAAUUUAGUUUUCUCUUUCAGGUCAAAUACUUUCAUAAUGGAGCAACUGUUUGAAAC